AUGUCUGACCAUUCUUUAUUUACAGUUAGUAACCUGGUUAUCUUUUUAAAUCCUUGUCCAACGGUUCCAUACACAGAUGAAUGUGGCAACUUUGGGAUUCUAUGGAACUGCAGUGGUCUCAAUACAGACAGACUACCAGAAAACAUACCACAGGAGCUAAUAAACCGUAACGUGGCUUUGGAUUUGUCAUUUAAUAAUUUUUCUACUUUAACGGAACAACUCUUUGAAAAUUUGGCUGCUGUAUCAGUUGUGACAUCCAUUAUCCUGAGUCAUAACAAAAUUACAAAAAUCGAAAAUAAGACCUUCCAUAGACUUUCUGGUUUAUGCAGUCUAGAUCUUUCAAGUUGUGAGCUUGAUAAAAAGGGAAUAGAAGUUGAAGCUUUCUCCUAUAUACACAACCUGAAGUACCUUCGAAUUGAUCAGAAUAAUUUCCAGGCGGAUGGUUACCCGGAUGUUGCCCUUUCUGCAAUUCAGUCAUUGUCGAGUCUUCAUAUCGACAUUUUCAGCGGAUUCUCAUUUACAGCACCAUUUGAAAACUUAACAAACUUAUCUGAAUUACAGUUUCAUAUUGUAAAUGAUUUUAGUUUAACAAAUACUUCCUUUUUAGGACUACGGCGCUCUAAAAUUCAUGAUCUGAUAAUGUAUUUUAAAAAUCAUGUGUUUUGUGACGUCACUGAAGAUCUGUUUUGUUCCUUUCCAUAUCUAACAGAAAAUGUAACAAUUGACUUUGGUGGGAAAUGUGACAUCACUCCAGCCUUGCGCUCUCUUAAAUGCUUCCAGCAUCACGAUAUUGGAAAAAUUUUUAUGGAUCAAAACACUAAAGAUCUUGAAACAGGUAUCAUAGUUUUAGAUGAUUGGUUGUCAGAAUAUCUUAUCAAUGUAUGUGUCCGUUCCCUAUCGUUAGGACAGAACGGCAUUAACUCUAUAAACAUUAAUAUUUACUAUACAACUUUAUGGAAUUGCCUACAGUAUUUAGAUUUAAGCAGAAAUCAUUUGCAUGUCGUGGAUUUAUCUAUCGUCCUUUCUUUGUUAUCAGCGCCGAACAUAAAGAAUAUGCAUUUGUGCUGCAAUAAUCCACGCACCACGGAAAACCAGUUGAAUAUCUAUCAUUAUGAUAGAUCAAUAUUCUUUAUAAAUAUAACACUGUCAAAAAAUCUGGAAGUACUUGAUAUUUCGAAAAAUUACUUUCAUUCGUCACCAAGUUUAAAGCUUAUUGGGGAAAGAUUACAAAAAUUGUACAUUCAAGAAACAAAUUUUCCACUGGCAUACGUCGACCAAUUUGAUUUGCCAUCAUUAAAAACUCUUGACAUAUCUGGUAAUAGUUUUAAAAAAGUACACUCAGAUUUAUUUCAGCAUUCUCGAGGAAUUGAGAACUUAAAUGCAAUUGGCAUGAAUCUAGAUUUCACAGAAAAAUCAAAUUUGAAAGAUCUAUUUAGAAAUCUAGAAAAUCUUUCUUCAAUCGAUUUUUCAAGAAACAAAUUGAAUUUUUUACCUUCCUCCCUUUUGAAAGACCAACAUCAUUCUUUGACAAAAAUAAACCUAGACAAUAACAAAUUUUCUAACAUUCCUGACACCUUCAAAUAUAUGCAGAAUUUGAUAUCUCUGCAUUUGCGAUACAACUUGAUGUCUGGGUUCUCAAAUGAUGACCAAAGAAUCAUUGAAACUCUUGAAAAUAUAUCAAUUUACAUAGAAGGAAAUCCGAUCUCUUGUACUUGUUCAGCUAUUCAGUCUUUGAGAUGGAUGAGAAGUCACAAACACGUAUUUUCUGAUAUUAAUAAAACGUUAUGCACGGGGAACCGAGUGCCUAUCAGCCACUUAUUUUAUAAUGAACAAAUCUGGAGAAAAUUUGAUAAAGAAUGCCAAACUAAACAAUGGCUUAUUUUCUCUGUGGUGUUGAUUUUGAUUACUUUGUCUGUACUUCUGAUAGUAGCUGCUUUACGAAGAUACCGUAUACAUGUAGAAUAUGUUAUACUGCGACUUAGAAACAGAUGGAAAGGUGUACAUUUACAAAACAAAGAAAACAACUACAUUUAUGAUGUUUUUGUGUCAUAUGGUGAGAAAGACUAUCCUUGGAUUAUGCGUUAUCUGUACCCAAAAUUGGAAAGUUUAAAUAUCAAAGUAUGGCUAAAGGACAGAGAUUCGAUUCCAGGAGAUUGGGAGGCAGAAGAAAUAGUGAAAUGUAUCAAUGAAAGUAGAAAAGUGUUGUUUGUGAUCACUGAAUGUUUUCUGGAGAGUGGUUGGGCCUCAUACGCCGUCCAGAUGGCGGUUACUCACGCCUUCCAUAACCGGCGUCAGAGUUCCAUUGUUGUCAUCAUCAAAGACGAUAUACCAUUAGAGAGACUCCCGAACGAUAUCAAAAAUAUAUGGUGGUGUAUUGAGUAUUUAAGGUGGCCUACAGAACAUGAAAAUAAUGAUCUAAUAAUAGUUAAGUUAUCAAAUUUGCUAAAACCCGUAGAUGCGUAAACACCAAUAGGAUUUGUAGAAUCAUUAAGUUAUAGAUGUUUUUGAUAGAUGUACAUAUACAUGUAUAACAAAUUAUUUUAAACCAUGAGCAUACUGUCAGAAAGUUUGUUAUGAAUCUGAACAUGUACGAUACUAUUCAAAAUUUAUGCUCUUUGUAUAUAUAUUUGAGAAGUUCGAAUUUCAAAAGCAUUUCUUUCUGUCAAGUGUCUCUUUCAGGUACUUUUAUUCAUUUGUCUUUUUGUGUAUUUAUUUUGUAUUUUUUACUCAGAGCAAACCU